AUGACCACAGUAGCAGCAUCAGUAGUUGGCACAGCAGCUGCAGCAACCACAACAACAUCCGCAACAGCAGUAGCAGCAAGUUCUUCUUCAACAUCAUCAUCAGCAGCAGCAGUAGGAUCUGUAUUAGCAAUUAAUGCCGUUGCAGCAGUACCAAAUGCAGCAGCAGCAACAAGUACAAGCAAUAUUGUAGCUGGACCAACGACAACAUCUUCAUCAUCCGCAACAGCAUCAUUAACAAAUCCUGCCACCACCAACAACAAUAGCAACAAUGUAAACAACGCAAGCAAUCCGUCAAAUGUUCUUUUCGAAGGGCCAUCUUGUAGUAAAAAUACGGCAACAGAGGCAACACAACGUAAUUUAACGUCACCACUUUCAACCACUUCGGUUUCAUCGGCCAUUUCAGCCACACCGACCACAACAUCGGCAGCCUCCUCAUUGACAUCAUCCACAGGUUCGUUUUCAUACGGCUAUGGAAGUCAGCAACAUAUGGACGCAACAUCAGCAGCAGGAGCAGCAACUUCGUCUGCAUCUUCAUCUUCAGCAGCAACUUUGCAAGCUCCCAACGCCUGUAGUGCUAAUGGCGGAAAUAAAAAUGAAACAAAUUCUACAGCAUCGGCGGUUUUGGCAACAGCUGCCACCUCUAACAUGUUGUCGGAUGCAUAUCAUCAUCAGCAAAUGCAAUUACAAUUGCAGCAACAAUUCGAACAACAUUAUCAAAUACAAAAUUACUACCAUCAAGCUCAACAGCAGCAGCAGCAACAAAUACAACAAUAUCAAGAUUUCUAUGACCAACAAUUGUAUUUACAACAGCAGCAGCAGCAUCAACAAAAUCAAUUGCUGUAUACUAAUGAACAGCUACAACAGCGCCAUCUAUAUAAUGUGGCCGCUGUUGCAGCCGCAGCUGCUGCCUCAGUACGACCACAACCGCCGCCUCCUCCACCACCAAUGCCCACAGCAGCUCCGCUACCAACACAACAAGCGUUGGUCUUAAUGUCGGGCAGUGCAACAAAUGUCUCAAAUGCAGCUGGUACUGCAACAACCACAAGCGCCAAUAAUAAUAACAACAACAAUAAUAACAAUACAACAACAUUUACAACACAACCGCUAAAUUUUGUUAAUGCCCCCAAUGGCGGCCCAAUAGCAAUGGAUUUUCCAAAUUAUCAUCACCACCAUCAUCAUCAUCCACAUCCUCCUCAUCAACAUCAUACACCACAAAUGCAUACAAGCGUUACAACAAAUAAUACAAAUAUUGCUGCUGGUACAGCUUCUUCAUCAUCGACAUCAUCCACAUCAGGCUCGUCUUCAUCACCAUCCUCAGCAUCAUCGGUAUCAAUAAAUCUACAACAACCAUCGUUUGUUGCUACUCCCCCCACAGUUGCUGUUGUCCAUCCUUCUGCAUUGCAAAAUGUAAAUCAACAUCAUCAUCAUAAUCAACAUCAGUUACAGCAGCCGCAACAACAGCAGCAACAACAUCAUCAUCAACAGCCGCCGCAUCAGCACCACCAUCAUCAUCAUCACCAUCCACAACAACAACAGCAACAUCAAUAUCAUCAUUUGUCUCAACUCAGCCACUAUCAUCAGCAACUUUAA